AUGCCUCUGUUUGGCUCACCUUUACUAACAAAGGCUCUUCACAAAUGGAAGAGUGGUCCAGUGGUCCAGGUGGGCUGGACGGUGAGUGAUGAGCUGCUAUUGGUUCAGGAGGACGGAUCGGUUCUGACCUACGACGUCUUCGGGACCUUCAAGAGACACUUCAGCAUGGGACAGGAGCUGACUCCUGACUACUCCAUGGAGAGCCACCAGCGAGACCAUGAGAACUUCCUUGUAGUUUCUCGCACCAGACGGAGACGGGCUAAGGCUCUGCUGGACUUCGAGAGACACGACGACGACGAGCUGGGGUUCAGGAAGAAUGACAUCAUCACUAUCAUCUCGCAGAAGGAUGAACACUGUUGGGUUGGAGAGCUAAAUGGCCUAAGAGGUUGGUUUCCAGCGAAGUUUGUGGAGAUCCUAGAUGAAAGAAGCAAAGAGUACUCAUUAGCAGGCGAUGACUCUGUGACGGAGGCAGUGACGGACCUGGCCCGGGGGACACUGUGUCCGGCCCUGAAGGCCAUCUUUCAGCACGGGCUCAAGAAGACAUCUCUACUGGGAGGGCCCUGUCAUCCUUGGUUAUUCGUUGAAGAGGCGGCCAGUAGAGAGGUAGAGAAAGACUUUAACUCUGUCUACUCCAGACUGGUGCUGUGUAAAACCUACAGGUUAGACGAAGAUGGGAAAGUACUCACACCAGAGGAGCUGCUGUACAGGGCGGUGCAGUCGGUCAACAUGAGCCACGACAGCGCACACGCUCAGAUGGAUGUCAAGUUUAGGUCUCUGGUCUGCGUCGGCUUGAAUGAGCAGGUGCUCCACCUGUGGCUGGAGGUGCUGUGCUCCAGCAUGGCCGCUGUAGAGAAAUGGUAUCAUCCAUGGUCCUUCCUCCGUAGUCCUGGAUGGGUACAGAUCAAGUGUGAGCUCAGAGUGCUUUCAAAGUUUGCCUUCAGCCUCUCCCAGGAUUGUGAGCUACCUGACAAGAAAGAGGAGAAUGAGCAGAGACCCCUGAAGGAGGGAGUGCAGGACAUGUUGGUGAAACAUCAUCUCUUCAGCUGGGACAUCGAUGGCUAGACACACACAGAAAACACUCGUCUGAAUCCUACUGCGUCCUCCUGUCUGUGUUUAUGUGAUGUCUCCUUAUCUGUCACUUACAGACUGUCAAUUAUAAUUAACAGGAAGUGACUGCUUCAACGCUCACGUCACUGUUCAGCCAGUUCUGAAGCAUGUGUGCAUUCAAGUGCAUACUUUAUUUUACUUCUGUAGGAGAUUGCACUACAUGGUGAAAAACGAUAUAUACUGGUAAAACACUGCAGUGCAGACGAGUCUGUACCCAUGAAACUGGAGCUCUCGUGUGUCCAGUACGUAUAAAACUCCCUGCUGGACAUUCAGCUUUCAUAGCUGUGUGCAGGAGUGAGCGUUCACUCUCUUUCAUUAGUUGCUACAACAGCAGCGGGUCAUCGCCACGAGAAACCCUGGACCUUUAACA